AUGACAUCCACGUUGCAGGCCCAAACGGGCGUCACUCAAACCGGUCCCGACGAGUUCGUUUCUUUGUCCCCACCGGCGAGAAUGGGAAACUUGCUUCCUAUUGCAUAUGGUGGUUGUUCGAUAGCUGUAGCUGUAAGCGCGGCUCUCGCAACGGUGCCCAAAUCAUUUGCCCUGUAUUCAGUUCUUGGGCAUUUCCUUGGUCCUGCCUCCACGACGCUGGACUUGCGUUGCAGGGUGUCAAGACUGCGCGAUACAAAGUCAUUCGUCACUCGUAAAGUUGAAGUCGUCCAAAUUCAUCCGGACGGGGUUGAGCGAAAGUGUCUUGAACUAGUUACCGACUCCCAUAUCCGGGAGAAAUCAUUGCUCACGUAUUCAAUCGCUCCCACGGACUCACACGGCAGGCCCGAGACAUGCCUGCCCUUGGCUGUACUUCGGGAACUGCAUGUUCAAGACGCCAGUGAGGCUUCCAAGAUUGAAGGAUUUGCGGCGCAAUUCUCUCUCAUGGAUCGUUUCUUCGAGACUAGAUUAGAUCCCAGCAGCGUCUCGGCCCAAAACAUUUGGGGCGCCGCAAAAGACACAAUCACCACUCAAGACCAACGGCACAUUACGGCAAAGACGUCGGCGGAGUGGUCAAGAACCAUACAGCCAAUGGAAUCAGCACAGGAAAAUUUGGCAGCGCUUGCGUUUCUCAUGGACAGUGGUCUCUCCUUCCUUCCACUUGCUCAUGACCAUCUCUGGCUAGAUGAUGUCGCGGCAUGCUCCUCACUCGACUUUGCGAUGCGUGUCUUUGUCUCGCACCUUGACCUCGGCCAAUGGCACCUCAAGGAGAGAACUACGGCCAGAGCUGGGGAAGGUCGAUCGUAUUCCGAAGGUAAAUUAUGGGACGACAAGGGCGACUUGGUUGCAAUCAUGAGUCAACAGUGUAUUUUGAGACCCAAGAAAGGACAAACAAGAUCUUCGCUCUAA